AUGGCCAGUAGUGCAGCGGCUGGCGAAAUGGAUGGUCCUGAUCCUUCCGAAAUGAAUUGCGAAUUCGACGCCCCACAGUAUUACGAUUUUGAGCAUCCUUCGCGCAACAGCGACCGAGGCGAUUCGUGGUUUGAAUCUUAUCGUGAUACUCAGUCGUUCAAUGAUACGUCGUUGAUUUCAAUACCAGAGAAAGAUGAAAAAGAAGUUUUAGAGGCGGCCGUUGUAACUCUGUCGAAUCUGGUGCAUUCAGCAACAGCAGAAGAGAAAGCACUUCGUACUAAAGGUAGUUAG